AUGGAAAGCCCCCCAACAGCUCAAAUAGUGGAGGCCUGGAGAGUGCUCGACGUGAAGAAUGCCGGCCCAACGAAGCAGCCCCCGAAGCUCAAGAAGAAGCGGCUUCGGCGACAGAAGCUGGAGAUCGAGUUCCUCCGGGAAGAAGUGUCAAGGAUGGAGGGAGAACUGGUUCGACUGAGGGAGAAGCAGCCAGUGCAGUCGGCAAUGCCCACAUCAGUCGCCUCUGUGGCUACUCAAGACCUGCAAAUAAGCCCCACGACGCACAAUUAUCGCCGCAUCGUCCCUCGCAAGAAGGAGAGGCAUUUUGUGUGGAAGGAGAUAGCCGAACGUCAGUUCAAGGAGCGAUGGAGAGCUCAGAACCAGAACAGGGAGCUGCGAUCCCAACUGGGUGCGGAGUAUGAGCUGGGACGACAGAUGAUGGAGGUGCUGCAGAGGAGCCUAGUUUCAAGGGGGCCAAUGCCCAGCAGGUUGUCGUGGAACAACGACGACAGUGCAGUAUUCAGGAGGCAGCUACUGCAAGCAGAAAGAGUUUUCAUCUCGGUCGACAUGGUGCUGCAAGGCCGCAAGUUCGCAGACCCCAGCGCCUCCUUCAUGGACACCUUUCUUCAGAGGGACGAAGAUGGCGACGUCUUCGUCACGCUAUCCAACAUGGUCUUACCGUUGCGUCUGAACCUGGUUGCCAACGCGCUAUGGGACAUCCUCGGGAGCGACAGAAUGAAGGAAUAUUGCUACGAUCACCACGUUGUCUCCAAAACCGACAAUGUAGUGACGCGGGCUUUCGGCAUAACGUAUAACGUCGACACAAGCACUGCUGAUCUCCGUGGUUGGUACACGCUCCAGCGCUUUGUGGAUAAUGCACGCAUCGUGAUUGUUUGGAUAGGAUGGUUUGAACUCGUCGAGUUAGCCGGUCUCCGCUGUCGCGGUAUUUUGGGUUGGCAAGAAGGUUGGAUUGAGUUUCGUGAGCACAGUUUUGGCGACAAUCAAGGCACAAGUACUCUGGCUAGAUCUCAGUCUCGAUUGAUGCUGGAAACAGGCGAAGGUGCUCCUAAUCUAAAGCAGCACAUCACAGCCCUGUUCAGGCAUGGGCAGUCAGCUCUACAAAGUAUGUCCGCUGCGUUCGGAUCUAUCCUCGAGCAAGCAUUAGUCGAAGAAGACUGGAAGUGA